UACAACAGGCCACUGGGCAAUAUUGUUGAUGUGAUUUGUUUGUUUCUAAACGGACGCGAUGUGUCACAUCUGCACCAUCCUGUUUAGUAAUAUUUUUGAUGUAUUUUUGUGACAAUUUUAAAGGAAAUAAGCGAGAAAAUCCUUAUAUCACAUAAAAUAAUUCCUCCUUGUCUCGUUUUAACAACAAAAUGGAAUCCCCUGCAGCAAAAUCUAGGAAAAAACCAACCAAGAUCGAAGAAAUGACUAAGGAACAAGUUCGACAAGCGAUCCUUAAAAAACGUGAAAGUAACGCGAAAGCUCAAACUAUUGUAGAGAAUUUGCUAGAAACCAAUGUUUCCGAGACGUACUUUAUGGAAUGCCUGCCUGAGAUCAACCAGAGCCACUUCGAGGACGUCAUAGAAGAGAGAUCCAUCCUACACAUCUGUGGUUAUCCUUUAUGCGAUAACCCUUUAUCUGUGAAGGAUAUUCCUAAACAAAAGUAUCGAAUAUCAGUAAAAACGAACAAGGUGUAUGAUAUUACUGACAGGAAGAGCUUCUGCAGUAACCACUGCUACAAUGCAGCAAUGCAUGUGAAAAAACAGAUGUUGACAAGUCCUCUAUGGUUUAGAGAGUAUGAGGUUAUCCCAAAGUUCCAUUUACUCCCAUUGGACUCGGUUGGAAGCAUGGGGCAGGAGGUAGAUGUGUCUAUCAUAGAAAAGGUUAAGACAGUGGAGCGCCCAGCAUUCACAUCUAUUAAUGACUUUGCUAAAGCCAGUUUGCAUGAGAUUGGCGGCAAUGAAAAUAAAGAUAAUGAUGAUCCUGAAAAUAAACCAAUAGAGGUUGAAUCUAAAGUGGAAAAUAGUAUAGAAAACAUCAACAAUAUAAAUGAAGAAUCAGGUGCAAGUACAAUAACACCAGUACAAGAAAAUUCAAAAACAGUUGAAGUUAUGAAAUCAAAAGAUACUCCAAAUCCACUAAGCAUUGUGGGAGAAAUUGUAGAAAGGCCGGAGCGGAAAAUAGACCCCAUUCUCACAAACAAGCCCCUGGAAUCAAAAACUCAAGCGUCACAGACUAAAAAGGUCCAACACAAAAAGCAACCUGCCAUUAUUGCCAUUACGAUUGAAGUAGAGAAAUGCUUGACCGAAUGGUUCACCAUAGAUACCAUGAUGUUCUUAUUAGGAGAAGAAAAAGUAAGGGAACUCGUCACAGAUAAAGGUGAAUGCAUUAAAGAAUACAUGAACAACUAUGCCCAAAGCAUAUUCUAUAACUCUAACAACUACGAUCAAUAUCAAGCUUUAUGCCGUAAGCUGAACAUGCUGGAGCUUGAAGACAGAAAGAUUGAUGCUAAAGCGAAGAGGGAGUUAAAGCCAUUGCCCGACUAUUCAAUACUACAGGAAGAGAGUAAACGAAUGCAGUUAAAAAUAAAAGCAUAUCUAGAAGGCAAAAUGGAGAUACCAGAACCGUUGUCAACAGAGACCAAUGAUACUAGUGAGGAUUCAAAUGUAACACAGUUACCGUUAGUUGAUAAGCAUGCUCAGAAUGCACUACGAAGAAAGAUAGUCUGCCAGCAUUUGAAUAAAGUGUUACCAGACUUAUUACGGUCACUUGGUUUAUCAACAUUCUCUGUCAGUGCAGAGUUAAAAUUGCUCGUAAAUACUUUCAAGUUAAGUGCAAAUAACAUUAUGUUUAAGCCAAUCCAAUGGACUCUAAUAGCUAUAAUAGUAUUAAAGCUACUUUCUUUGCGUGAUAAACGGUUGGAAUAUUACUUGGAGCAACAAACAGCAUUCCAGCAUAUGCAGCUGUUGCUGCUGAGUUAUAAGCAGGACGGUGGAUAUGUGGACAGGCUGAUAUCCUGGUUGACUGACAUUGACAGGCUACUAGAUAAUAAUAGCACGCAAAUGACACUGAACUGAAGAUCUGUUCCUUGAAUGCUUAGAAAUAAAGUCCGUCACAGAUGGAGCACUAAUAUAUCGAAAGUUAUCUUAUAGCAAGGAAUCUUAUAAUAUAUUUUAGGUACUAUUUGUCUAAGUCCGCACACAAAGCUAUAAUAUUUAUUUUGCUGUAUUUUGUCUCUCUCACAAUGUACAUGCUAGAAAGAAAACAAUAUGUAUAUUUUGGUAUUGUUGGCGUGUGUAGUGCUUAGCUAUACUAUUAAGGUAUCUGUCAGUAUCUUACAGUGUAUUAAUAUAUAUUAUCGCUCCGUCUGUGACAGGCUUAAAGGAAAAGUGAAAACUUGCUGACUCGACCACUCUACCAACUGAACUACUGAGACUUACCCUUUAACAGUGAAUAUUUCCACCAUAUCCUUUAUAUGUGGCAUUAUCUAUGAAAAGAGACCUUAUUGUCGAUGGCGCUUACGUCGCACUGAGUCGCGCAGCGUUGUAUUGGAGCAUUGUUUAUGACGGCGGAAGCGCCAUCGACAAUAAGGUCCUUUUUCAUAGAUAAUGUCCCAUAUGCGCUUUUUUUUGUAUUUAUGUAUAAUUAUGUGAUGAUAAAAUAAACUAUUCUUAAUAAUAAUGA